CCCGCGCGGGCUGUGGCACGGAAAGUUGGGCUUAGCGACGCCAGCUCCGACGAGGCGGUGGAUGAGCGGACCAAGCCCAUCAGCAGCCAAGCCAAAGUCGGGCCGCCAGCGCGGAACAGUGGGCUCAGCUCGAACAGCUCGGACCAGGAGGCGGCGAAGCCCGCGCGGGGUGUGGCACGGAAGGCUGUGCUCAGCGACGCCAGCUCCGACCAAGAGGCGGUUGAGCAAGCCAGGCCUGGCAUUGCCCAAGCUAAUGGCGAGUCGCCAGCGCGUCACACCGAGCUCAGUUCCGACAGGUCGGACCAGGAAGCGACGAGGCCCACAAGCGGUGAAGCCAGCGCCCCCGCAGGGAAGGCUGGGAGGAGCGACGCCAGCUCCGACCAGGCUGCGGUUGAUGUUCCCUCCCCCGAUGGCAGUCGGGCCAAGCUCGCAUCGCCGGCUGCGGACGCCGGGCUCGGCGCUGACAGCUCGGACCAGGAGGCGCCGAAGCCGUCGCCUGGCGAGAGUGGCGCCCACACGUGGAAGGCGGCCGGGCUCAGGGACGCCAGCUCCGACCAGGAUUCUGCUGAUCUUCCCCUGCCAGAUGGCAAGAGGGCUGGACCACCAGCGCCGAGCGCUGGGGCAGGGCCGCUGA